AUGAGGGAAAUUGGUGAGUGGUAUUUCGGUGAGGGAAAUCGGUGUAUAGUCACCAAUUUGAUUGAUGAGAAAGAUAGUGGCGAGGACGAAGAAGAAUAUGAGGAUGAAGACGAUGAUAUUGGUGAAGCAAGUGAGCCGAAACAAAAGGGAGUCAAGGCGGAGCGUCAAACUUGGACGAAAAAACAUGAAGAGGCCUUAGCCAAGGCAUGGGUUCAUUGUUCUUUAAACAAGAAACAAGGAAACCAACAAAAACGGGACAGUUUUUGGAAAAAAGUUCUCGACCAUUACAACGAAACGGUCGGCGGAAGUACUCGAACAGUUCAUCAAGUACGUUCAAAAUGGAUGCCUAUGUUGACUAAGAUAAACAACUUCAACGGUCUUUGGCAUCAAGCGGAUCGUAUUCGUGGUAGUGGGUGUAGCGACGUCGACGUCAUGAAUAGGGCUUUAAGUGAUUUCAAACCCAAAUAUCCGAGUGGUUUUCAACAUAUUGAGGCAUGGGAAGUCGUUCGUAAACAUGACAAAUGGGCACCGGUACCAUUGUUGGGUGAAGAUAGUGGAAGUUAA